UCUCUCAGAUAUAAGGCUUGGAAGCCAGCAGCUGCGACUCCCGAGACCCCCCCAACAGAAGGCCAUGGUCUUCCCACGGAUGUCCCGGCUCCUCUCCCAGACUGUGAUCCUAGCGCUCAUUUUCCUCCCCCAGACACGGCCCGCUGGCGUCUUCGAGCUGCAGAUCCACUCUUUCGGGCCGGGUCCAGGCCCUGGGGCCCCGCGGUCCCCCUGCAGCGCCCGGGUCCCCUGCCGCCUCUUCUUCAGAGUCUGCCUGAAGCCUGGGCUCUCGGAGGAGGCCGCCGAGUCCCCAUGCGCCCUGGGCGCGGCGCUGAGUGUGCGCGGACCGGUCUACACCGAGCAGCCCGGAGCGCCCGCGCCUGAUCUCCCACUGCCCGACGGCCUCUUGCAGGUGCCCUUCCGGGACGCCUGGCCUGGCACCUUCUCUUUCAUCAUCGAAACCUGGAGAGAGGAGUUAGGAGACCAGAUUGGAGGGCCCGCCUGGAGCCUGCUGGCGCGCGUGGCUGGCCGGCGGCGCUUGGCAGCCGGGGGCCCGUGGGCCCGGGACAUUCAGCGCGCAGGCGCCUGGGAGCUGCGCUUCUCCUACCGCGCGCGCUGCGAGCCGCCUGCCGUCGGGACCGCGUGCGCGCGCCUCUGCCGUCCGCGCAGCGCCCCCUCGCGGUGCGGUCCGGGACUGCGCCCCUGCGGACUGCUCGAGGACGAAUGUGAGGCGCCGCCGGUGUGCCGAGCAGGCUGCAGCCCAGAGCAUGGCUUCUGUGAACAGCCCGGUGAAUGCCGAUGCCUACAGGGCUGGACUGGACCUCUCUGCACGGUCCCUGUCUCCACCAGCAGCUGCCUCAGCCCCAGGGGCCCGUCCUCUGCUACCACCGGAUGCCUUGUCCCUGGGCCUGGGCCCUGUGACGGGAACCCCUGUGCCAAUGGAGGCAGCUGUAGUGAGACACCCAGGUCCUUUGAAUGCGCCUGCCCGCGUGGGUUCUACGGGCUGCGGUGUGAGGUGAGCGGGGUGACAUGUGCGGAUGGACCCUGCUUCAACGGCGGCUUGUGUGUCGGGGGUGCAGACCCUGACUCUGCCUACAUCUGCCACUGCCCACCCGGUUUCCAAGGCUCCAACUGUGAGAAGAGGGUGGACCGGUGCAGCCUGCAGCCAUGCCGCAAUGGCGGACUCUGCCUGGACCUGGGCCACGCCCUGCGCUGCCGCUGCCGCGCCGGCUUCGCGGGUCCUCGCUGCGAGCACGACCUGGACGACUGCGCGGGCCGCGCCUGCGCUAACGGCGGCACGUGUGUGGAGGGCGGCGGCGCGCACCGCUGCUCCUGCGCGCUGGGCUUCGGCGGCCGCGACUGCCGCGAGCGCGCGGACCCGUGUGCCGCGCGCCCCUGUGCUCACGGCGGCCGCUGCUACGCCCACUUCUCCGGCCUCGUCUGCGCUUGCGCUCCCGGCUACAUGGGAGCGCGGUGUGAGUUCCCAGUGCACCCCGACGGCGCAAGCGCCUUGCCCGCGGCCCCCCCGGGCCUGAAGCCCGGGGACCCGCAGCGCUACCUUUUGCCGCCGGCUCUGGGACUGCUCGUGGCCGCGGGCGUGGCCGGCGCUGCGCUCUUGCUGGUCCACGUGCGCCGCCGUGGCCACGCCCAGGAUGCUGGGUCUCGCUUGCUGGCUGGGACCCCGGAGCCGUCAGUCCACGCACUCCCGGAUGCACUCAACAACCUAAGGACGCAGGAGGGUUCCGGGGAUGGCCCGAGCUCGUCCGUAGAUUGGAAUCGCCCUGAAGAUGUAGACCCUCGAGGGAUUUAUGUCAUAUCUGCUCCUUCCAUCUACGCUCGGGAGGUAGCGACGCCCCUUUUCUCCCCGCUACACACUGGGCGCGCUGGGCAGAGGCAGCACCUGGUUUUUCCCUACCCUUCCUCGAUUCUGUCUGUGAAAUGAAUUGGGUAGAGUCUCUGGAAGGUUUUAAGCCCACUUUCAGUUCUAACUUACUUUCAUUCUAUUUUGCAUCCCUCUUGUUUUGAGCUACCUGCCAUCUUCUCUUUGAAAAAGCUAUGGGCUUGAAGAGGUCACGAUGCCGACUCCGCCAGAGCUUUUCCACUGAUUCUACUCUGCGGGGAGGCGGGGGAGGCAGAGGGGCAGCCUCUCUAAUGCUUCCUACUCAUUUUGUUUCUAGGCCUGACGCGUCUCCUCCAUCCGCACCUGGAGUCAGAGUGUGGAUUUUUGUAUUUGCUCGGUGGUGCCCAGUCUCUGCCCCAGAGGCUUUGGAGUUCAAUCUUGAAGGGAUGUCUGGGAGAACUUUACUGCUGCAAGUUGUAAAUAAUGGUUAUUUAUAUCCUAUUUUUUCUCACCCCAUCUCUCUAGAAACACCUAUAAAGGCUAUUAUUGUGAUCA